UAUCCGUUUAAGAGAAGUAGCGCAUAGUAAAUUGCUACACAACUAUAUAACAGUUCUCAGCAGCUAACAUCUUUGUCACGCCGCUUUUCACCAAGACGCAAUAGACGAAUCCAGAAUGAGCAUUAUGACAGGACUGAGUAUACUACCGAGCUAACUUACUAUUUGUCAUUGCUACUUCUUCGACGUGUGUUAGCGAGGAAUUUCACAUAGCUCUAUGCGAAACUGCAGCUCAAAAGGUACAACUUGCAAUUUCAUUCCGCGUGCCUUAAGGAGUUGAAAUGACAUGGAAAUCCGCAUGACCUAGUCCUAUGAUCGCACUCGGUGAACAAAGAAGCGAGUUUCGGCGGACAACGGGCUCGGGAAUACGUGAGAUAUGUGAGUUGGUAGAGAGUUCAAAAAUGAUGACGCCAUAGAAACGUGGAUAAAUGUCGAAGCAAAGAUGAGAAUAAGUUUCACCCCCGAUAAUGACAUUUUUGCGUUGAUCCCACUUGUUGAAUAAUCCGUAUCGUCAAUGACAAAUUAUUCAUAUUAAACUCUGCAAUCGUAAAGUUUUCCCUUGACUCGAGGGACAUCGGCGAAGAUAUUCUAGAAACGCGAUCAGCUGUCGCUAAACUACUGCUCUUGGCCGUUUGGCGUUUCAUUUGCAAAUCCACUUGGAAUUCAAUUAGAAUUCCCAUGAUUUAGUUCGAGAUUUCCUUGAUUGCUCGUGAUUGAUUAUUUACACGUUGAACCAUUGGAAAUAGACAAGAAUAGAAGCGAGAGGACGUGAAGGCAAACCAUGCAUAAGAGCGGCCGGGGAUAAUGAGCGCAGUUUUAUCGGAAUACUUAACCGAACGUUGUAUAUAGUGCUUCUCCGUUUGCAGUAUUACAGUGAUUAAAGAGAGCAUAUUUUAAAAGUGAACGCAUUACACAUAAAAUAUUUUACGUAAACAUGUUUGUGAUACGGUAAAGGAAAGGUCGAGACAAAAUGAACGCAAUGUUAUGCGUAUAAAACUUAAUUAGGACGCUAGCUAGUGCAUGUAACUGUCAUUGACGUUGGAGGCUCUAUUUGGAUAACGAAUAAGAAAGAUCAAAAUGUAAAGAGAAUCAUUAGCGGCAAAGAAGUGCUUGAAUCGGAACGGAAUAGCUAUGUCGUGGCCAUAUGCGACAAGUGCCUCGCCAUCCUCCUCGAUUACAAUGUUUAUGAUAACAACAGGAUUAACUCCAUUGGCAUUAAUAACAAAUUACACGGAAGCCAGUGACUUUGCAAAUACUACAAAAGAUAUUAGCGAGGAAGAAAAAUAUAUACCGUUCAGCGAGCGGCCAGAAACGUAUUUUGUACCAAUCAUCUUUUUUUUUAUCCUGAUAAUCGGCCUCACUGGAAAUGGCGUACUGGCUCUUACGAUCCUUCGACACAGAAAUAUGAGAAACGUACCUAAUACGUACGUCCUCUCGCUGGCGUUGGGGGAUUUAUUAGUAAUAGUGACAUGCAUACCGUUCACCUUUACGGUAUACAUCUUGGACUCCUGGCCUUUCGGUUUAGCAUUGUGUAAACUUUCCGAAUGCGCUAAGGACAUAUCGAUUGGAGUUUCGGUUUUUACAUUAACUGCGCUGUCAGCGGACCGAUUCUUCGCAAUUGUAGAUCCAAUGAGAAAAUUGCACGUGACAGGUAGUGGAAGACGAGCAACACGCUUCACUGCGAUUGUUGCGGGACUAAUUUGGGUUUUGGCCAUAAUAUGCGCGAUUCCGGCUUCCUUUUCGUAUCUCAGGUUCUUCCAGGUCAAUGAAAACAUAAGCUUUUACGCCUGUUAUCCGUUUCCUGAGGAAUUUGGACCAAACUAUCCAAAAAUGAUACUAAUAUGUCGCUUCUUCAUCUAUUAUGUUAUACCUCUCAGCAUCAUCGCCGUUUUCUAUAUAUUGAUGGCCAGACAUCUUAUACGCAGUACGAGAAAUAUACUCGGCGAAGUACAAGGCCAGGUAAGGCAAAUACAGGCCCGUAAAAAGGUGGCAAAGAUGGUGAUGGCUUUCGUCAUUGUGUUUGCUGUUUGUUUUUUACCACAACACGUUUUCAUGCUGUGGUUUUAUAUCCAUCCAACUGCGCUAGAGGAUUACAAUGCAUUUUGGCACUACUUUCGUAUCUUGGGUUUUUGCCUUGCUUACACCAAUAGUUGCAUCAACCCAAUCGCUCUCUACUUCGUGAGCGGUACUUUUAGAAAGUACUUUGACAGAUACUUGUGUUGCGCCACGGAGAGAAUGCGGAGACGACAUCGACGAUCGUCAGAUCUAAGUUCGCGCGGACGAGGCGGGCAGAGCUUUUCACUGGUCAGUUCAAAAAGGUACAUGGGUGAUUCUCGUCGCGAACGAAGUGUGCAGCGCCUCUCUAUCAUGCCGGCUGAUAUACGAUCUACGACUCCGAUUAAAGAGCAAGAAACUACUAUCACUCUAUCAGCGUAUCCAAAUGGUAUUGACGAGUCAUCAACGUCAAGGAAUCAACGAAUCUCGACAACAGAAUCAACAGUACACGAUAGAUUAGUUACUUAAACACGAUAACAACGUCAUAUUUUUCAUUAUUGUAUAUAUUGUAUAUAUUUAAUAUAAAAUAAUUCUGUUAUUUAAUAUCGAUUAAAUAAAUUUAUAUUUUAAUGGCAUUUUCUUACAAUUCGAGAUUCAGAUUGAAUCGCUGAUAUUGCUGAUAUAUUUAAUCGUGACAUUCGAAGCAAAAAGUAGUAAAAAUUUUCAUAUUCCAGUUACGAAUAAUUAAAAUUGUUAAUAUUUGGAUUAUAUUUAUUAUACUAAAGUGACACGCUUACUUGACACAAUUUAUGAUAAUGUCGCACAAAUAAAUUUCUGUUU